AUGACGGAGACCAUAGCUCUCCCGAACCAUAAUAGUCUUUUGGUGGAGACGGAGACCAUUAAUACUAGUUCAACUCUCAGACUCGCUGAGACAGACGCGACGGGAACAGACACCACCAUCACACCCACUAUUAGUAACAAUAGUGCUCUAACUACUGCAACUAGUGAGCUGGGAGUGUUUGAUGAACGAAUACCGGGGCUCAAUGAUGCAAAAGUGAUACAUGGGGCGUUGAAGAAAUUGGUUAAUGUUGGUAAUAUGCAUUUGGUAGAUGACAAUCAGCAGCAGCAGCAUAUGAACUCACUCUCGCUACGAUCGAAAAAGAACAACCAUGGAAAUGGCACUAUCAAUAGCAUAACUAAUGCUCAAGCUGUGGUCUGUGGGGAAACUACCAGCGAAGCAAGUUCUGAUAAAGAGAGUCUGAAUAACCUCCAGAGAAAGUCAAAGAACAACAUGUUAAGAGCUGAAUUAUUUGAGACUGAUUUGGAAAGUGAAAUGCAAAAUGAUGCCGCCCAAUCUGACGGAAAUGAAACAUUUGUAUAUAGUAAUAGAGGUGAUGUAACCCAUAAUCCUGAUGCUUUGGAUGCAGAUUCACCAGAAACAAACAAUUUUCAAGCUUUCUUUGAUAGUUUGUACCAACAACGUCAUGCUGUUAGAGCCGAGCAGAAUGAAGAAGGGAAAGAAAAAAUAGUGGACUCCUCAUCAAAAUCUUCUCAAAAUAAAAACCAUGAUAUCCGCCAUCCGCAGCAAAUGAAUAUUUUUCAACACUCUACAAAUCCCGGAAACCACGACAGUGAUUUCAGCGACCUUACCAGCUUAUCAACGGUACAAGGAGGAGCACCUAACUUCCCUCAAGAUUGGGCUAGAAGAGACACAGCAAUACUGAUGAACAACCCAUUCUUGGGGCAAAAUUUCAACUUCAGUGGAAGGGACAGACAUAAUGAUUAUCAUCAUUUACAACCACAUCAUACUCAGUUUCAGGCAUUGCAGGCUCCUCAUGAUAUUAGGGCACACACAUUUAAAAAGAAAAACCCACUGAGAAACUUGGCCCAUGGAAAAAGUCCUGGUGAUGAUGAAAGGAUCAAAAAUAUUGAUGUCAAUGAAAACCAGUUAAUAAGGGUUCUUGAAGAUGACGGAAAUGAUAUAGAUGAAAAUGAGGAUGAAGAUGAUGGAUAUUCUUCUAACGAUUAUGACUAUUACGAAAUGUUAUAUGGAUCUUCAUCUUCGAAACACAUUGCGCCUCCUAUAGUACUUGAAAGAAAAGUUUCUGAUCAAUCGAUUCAAGAUACAGGCAAUCCAAAACUUGGGUCGCCAUUAGCGUACUAUACAUUUGACACAAAAAACAUUGAUUAUCCGAAUGAGGAGGUUGAAGUUGAUGAAGAGGAAGUGGAUGAAUCAGAAGGCACCAUCGAAACUAUUAAGCAAAGUUUAUCAAAAAGAAGAAAAACUUUAUCUGUAGAACAUAACGUCCACUAUAAUAAUAGAAUUUCCUCCUAUGGAAAAAUUCAUACAGGCCGGGGGAGGGGACAAGGAGGGCAGAAAUUCCAAAAUCAACACGUUUAUGAAAAUAAAGGCAAAUACAAAGGUAGCAGGUACUAUAGUAAUAACCUGCAUCAAAAAGGAGAGAAUCAGAAUGCUAUUCACGAUGGCGGACACUGGCAUGAUAAUGAUAAUGUGAAUCCAUCAAAAAGUGUGAAUUAUCUUCAUGACAGAUUUUUUUACUCUAUGCCGGACUCACGAGAUAAUGUCGGAAACUAUUUGGAGAGUAAGGAACAACCAUAUCUAUAUCCCGAGGGGCUGCAUAUGAUAGAUAUUGGCUAUGAAAAUGAGGAUGAUCUUGGGAACCAGGGACAACUUGAACAUCGCGAUGAAGAUUUUGAUGAAAGCAGUGGCCUUCUAUCUGCGAAUGUCGAUCCAGGAAUGAUGAAUUAUCAUUCAAUCACAAGCAAGCUACGCCAAUUCUAUCAUCAGACAUAUGCAUCAUCACCAGAAGUGUCACCGGAAUUGAAGCAAUCUAAUGCUUUCUUCAGUAAUAAGCAGAACACUCACUUAGCUUCGCAAAGUAAGAAACAUCAUUACCAAUAUCAUCAAAAGCAUGAUCAUCAGCGAAAAUACUCAGGGGCGUCAAAAAAAGCAUCUAGAAGAAUAAGACAUCAUAGCAGGAACCCAACUCAAUCUUCAAUUUCUUCCAAGAGUCAGUUUUCAAAUAAAUCCAACCUUAAUAACCAAAAUAUAUCUAAUAAUGCUAAAGGAAAUCAAAAAAUAGUGAGCUCUCCAGGCCGUGGAGGUUUUAAAUUGCGAGCUGCAUCGGGUGUUGGUGCAGGGGAUGGAGGCUACACAAUACCAUAUCCAUCUCAUUAUCAUCACCCUGAAUAUUAUGACGAGGAAAGUAUGGAAUAUUGUGGAAAUAACGGACUAAAUAAUAGCUGGUUAAAUUUGUUUAGAAAUGUAUUAGUGUCUCUUGGGGGAAUAUUUGUAUUAAUAGGAUUCGGAUUUAUUAUGGGAUUUUUUAUAGCGGUUUACGGAUGA